AUGAAUACUCAAUUCCCCAGAUUUUAUCCUUCUGGAAAUCCUGUUGUUGAUGCACAGAUGAGAGCCGCUCAAGCUCAGACUACCCAAAAUGUUCAGGAGUCAAGACCAGAGAACACCAAGAAGACGAUCCUACAACUCUACGACUUCGCCCAGAUACAGUCAGAGUCGAGUGGGCUGAAAGAAACCAUGCAGCAACUUUUCACUGACUUAAGGGAUAUCACUUUUGGCCGUGCUCCAUUAAAUAUAAACCUGUUAGUCUCAGGUGGGCCAGGCUUCCAGACGCCAAUAUUUAUAAUGAACUCUGAGGCCAACACUGGAGGAUCUGGAAGUGUACAGGCUAUACAAUUUACAAACACACCACCACAGCCAACACAGCCACAACAACAUCAACAACAAACAACAGCAUAUUUACCAGCUAAUAAAAAACAUCAAAAAACUUAA